GGACUCGGUGUGUGCGUGCGCGCGAGUGCGCGUGUGUUUGUGCGUGUUUUUCCUGCUUCCCUGGAGGAUGUGAAGGGCUUCGCAGCUGGCCCUCCCCUUAGGAUUCUUGACUUUUUGGAGCACUGGGCCAUGAGCACAAUCCACCCACGUAAUCCAUUUUGUAAGGUCGGUUGAUAUCUGGAGUAAAAAGCGCAACUGGACGGGGGUGGGGCAGACAAACGAAACCUGGAAAUACGCACACACUCACACUAGAAAGAAACAAUGAAAGACCUGCGAAGAUUUUCAUAACCUUCCUGCUGGUCCUUCCAUUUUCCGGAAGGAUUCGGAACCUUUUCUACCUUUCGAAGUCAUGUCGGCGUUUGUUUUUUGUAAGCUGCUCUCCAGCUAGCUGCGUGCGUUUGUGUGUGAGCGCGCCCGCCUAUCUGAUGCAUUUGACUGUCUUUUAUCCAACUGCCCAGAAGCAAAUGUGUUAACUCCACGUGCCCCUCCGUGCCCGGGUUCCUGAGGAGGGCGGAGGGCGCUCGGACCCAUUUUCCACGCUGCAUUCGCCGCGGCUACCCGGCUGUGGAACCACGUAUGUGGGUCAUUUUACCCAGAGGCUUGGGAAGCGCCAGUAUUAACCUGCUUUCAGGUACAUCGCAAGGUCAACAGAGGGUCCUGCAGUCGUCUUGUUUCUGUGCACCCAGACCUUCCCGUCUUGGCCAGAAGGAUACUUACGUUUUGGACCACAUCAUUUGAAGCCAAAAGUUCAGCCCUUCCAACUGGUUCUGAUUCCUGCACAAACAAGGUAACCAGGAUAGCUUUUAAAACUGCUUAACAGAAUCCCCGACUCUUCCUCAACCCUUUCUCGGCUCUCUCCUCCCCAUCAAAAUGUCACCAGCUUUUGAAUUACGUGGAUUUGGGUUGGAGGAGAACUUGAAGGAAACGUGAUCUACCGGCUAUUCCGGACCAGUCUCUUUGCUGCCCGUGGUCCUUUGGGCAUCCAAGCCGAUCCUGAGAAGGGCCGGUCCACUCCUUGUGGCCCCCUCCCCGUGUUGUGCUGGGUGUGCUUGUGCAAGUGUGAAUACGAGUGCGCGCGCGCCUUCGUGCGAGUGUGUGUGUGUGUGCUUUUGAGUGUGUGUGUCUGAGUGUUCCUGCGCGGCCGCCCUGCCUCUGCCCGCUCCCUGGGCGCAGAAACGCGGGUUUCAUGGGGCGAUCGCCGCGGAUUCCCCACCCAGCGCGACCUGCAGGCAUCAGUGGCAGAAGCCGUCUCUCGGACUCCCUAGGAUGCAGGUGCUGAGCUAUGGCAAAGGGCAGCGAAGUGAAGAGAGAGACCGGCUUAGGACUGUGAAAGCCACCUGGAGCCACCUUGCCGGAAUUGUACCUGCGGGCAGAAAGUCCUCCUACGACCGUCUUUUCCUCUAGAGGCACCAGAGAUAAUCAUUACUCUGGUGGCAAAAUGAAAAUAUGGAGGAAAUAUUGUCUGUGAUAAGACAGAAGCACGGAUUCUCUUUAUGAAGCUGUUGUAUUAAUGCAGGCGAGAGGUAGUGAAGUACUGAAUUACAAUAAAGGGAAUCAAGAAUGAGUGCAAAUAGAACUGGAAUACUAAGGACAUUGAAUCAAGAGAACCGGAUUGAUUAGAGUCCCUGUAACCAUUCAGCCAGGUGUUGGGAAGCCAUGUAGUAGCUGAGAACCCUCACUUCUGACACCAUCCUCAGACUCAGCUUUGGAGAUGCUUUCACCCUGUCAGUCUUCUGCAGCAGCCAGGCAGAGUGCUGACUCCUUCACAGUGGUGAGGAACUCUUCUGGCUCCAGAAGCUCUUAAAUCUGAUCUACAAUGGAAAAAUUCCUUUUUUAUCUGUUUUUCAUUGGCAUAGCAGCGAGAGCUCAGAUCUGUCCAAAGCGUUGUGUCUGUCAGAUUUUGUCUCCUAAUCUUGCAACCCUUUGUGCCAAGAAAGGGCUUUUAUUCGUUCCGCCAAACAUUGACAGAAGAACUGUGGAACUGCGGUUGGCAGACAAUUUUGUUACAAAUAUUAAAAGGAAAGAUUUUGCCAAUAUGACCAGCCUGGUGGACCUGACUCUGUCCAGGAAUACAAUAAGUUUUAUUACACCUCAUGCUUUUGCUGACUUACGAAAUUUGAGAGCAUUGCAUUUGAAUAGCAACAGAUUGACUAAAAUUACAAAUGAUAUGUUCAGUGGGCUUUCCAAUCUCCAUCAUUUGAUACUGAACAAUAAUCAGCUGACUUUAAUUUCAUCGACAGCAUUUGAUGAUGUCUUUGCCCUUGAGGAGCUGGAUCUGUCGUAUAAUAAUUUAGAAACAAUUCCGUGGGAUGCUGUGGAGAAGAUGGUUAGCUUGCAUACCCUUAGCUUGGAUCACAAUAUGAUUGAUAACAUUCCUAAGGGGACUUUUUCCCACUUGCACAAGAUGACUCGGCUAGAUGUAACAUCAAAUAAAUUGCAGAAGCUACCGCCUGACCCUCUCUUUCAGCGAGCUCAGGUACUAGUGACCUCAGGAAUCAUAAACCCGUCUACUUUUGCAUUAAGUUUUGGUGGAAACCCUUUGCAUUGCAAUUGCGAGUUGUUGUGGUUGAGGCGUCUGUCUAGAGAAGAUGACCUGGAGACCUGUGCUUCUCCGGCACUUUUAACUGGUCGCUAUUUUUGGUCAAUUCCUGAGGAAGAGUUUUUGUGCGAGCCUCCUCUCAUUACUCGUCAUACUCAUGAGAUGAGAGUCCUGGAGGGUCAAAGGGCAACCCUGAGGUGCAAAGCCAGGGGAGACCCUGAACCUGCAAUUCACUGGAUUUCUCCUGAAGGGAAGCUGAUUUCAAACGCAACAAGAUCUCUGGUAUAUGACAAUGGAACACUUGACAUUGUGAUAACAACUGUAAAGGAUACAGGUGCUUUUACCUGCAUUGCUUCCAACCCUGCGGGGGAAGCAACACAAACAGUGGAUCUUCAUAUAAUUAAACUCCCUCACUUACUAAACAGUACAAACCAUAUCCAUGAGCCUGAUCCUGGUUCUUCAGAUAUCUCAACUUCUACUAAGUCAGGUUCCAAUGCAAGCAGUAGUAAUGGUGAUACUAAAAUGAGUCAAGAUAAAAUUGUGGUGGCAGAAGCAACAUCAUCUACGGCAUUACUUAAAUUUAAUUUUCAAAGAAAUAUCCCUGGAAUACGUAUGUUUCAAAUACAGUACAAUGGUACUUAUGAUGACACCCUUGUUUACAGAAUGAUACCUCCUACGAGCAAAACUUUUCUUGUCAAUAACCUGGCUGCUGGAACUAUGUAUGACUUGUGUGUCUUGGCAAUAUAUGACGAUGGCAUCACCUCCCUCACUGCCACAAGAGUCGUGGGUUGCAUCCAGUUUACUACGGAACAGGAUUACGUGCGGUGCCAUUUCAUGCAGUCCCAGUUUUUGGGAGGCACUAUGAUUAUUAUUAUUGGUGGAAUAAUUGUAGCAUCCGUGCUGGUUUUCAUCAUCAUUCUAAUGAUCCGGUAUAAGGUUUGUAACAAUAACGGGCAACACAAGGUCACCAAGGUCAGCAAUGUCUACUCUCAAACUAAUGGGGCUCAAGCGCAAGGCUGCAGUGUUCCUCUGCCCCAGUCCACGUCCAAACAAGCUGUGGGACACGAAGAGAGUGCCCAGUGUUGUAAAGCUGCCAGUGACAGUGCGAUGCAAUCUUCCGAAGUUUGUUCAAGUCAGGACUCCUCCACCACUACCUCUGCUUUGCCUCCUACCUGGACUUCAAGCACGUCUGUGUCCCAGAAGCAGAAAAGAAAGACAGGCGCAAAGCCAAGCCCCGAGCCACAGCAGGAGGCUGUCACGAAUAUUGAGUCCCAAAACACUAACCGGAACAACUCCACUGCAUUGCAGUUAGCUAGCCGCCCCGAGUCUGUCACAGAGGGGCCCACCUCUAAAAGGGCACAUUCAAAGCCAAGUAAGUUUCUCACUUUGCCUUCUGAGAGAUCCAGAGCAAGGCACAGGUACUCCCUGAAUGGAGAGUUGAAGGAAUACUAUUGUUAUUUUAACUCGCCAAGCACAUGUGGACUGUUUUCUAAAAGAAGCUUGUCUAUGGAUGGGAUGCUAAUUCACCCCAACGAUUCUGAUGGGCGUAGUACAAAAGCAACUCUUUCAAAUUCUGAGUGUAUAUUGGAAAGCACUGUGUAGCCUAUUUCUUUUUAAUGAAAAAAUUAUUUUGAGAACUCACAUAGGAAGUUAGAAUUUGAAAUUUCAGCCCUGUCUCUGACACAUGGCUAAUAGAGCCAAGGUGUAUAAACCUUCCAGGAUACAGUUAUUUAUAUGUAAAUUUAUA